GGGGGGAAGUGCUGGAACAGGCAGAGAUCCUUGACCAUUCCAGAGAGAGAGGGAGAGAAAAAUCGGGUACCUCCCCGAAGCAGCUUUCCAUGCAGUUCAUCUGAAGGGGACGGAGAGCCCAGCCCAGUCAGUCUGGGGGGCGGGGAACCAGCGACCGUGACCCCAACUUUGGAUUUACCACCUGGGGGGUGGGGGGAUCCUGGAUCUUGGCGAUUAUUUUGGGGUACUCCGGACGCCAUGUUGUGGAAAUUAGCCGACAAUGUCAAGUACGAAGAGGACUGCGAGGAUAGGCACGAUGGGAACAGCAAUGGGAACCCCCGCCUCCCCCACCUCCCAGCAGUCAGCCAGCACCUCUACAGUCCCGCAGCUCCACCGCUUUCACAUUCAGGGGCAUCCGACUUCCAGCCACCUUACUUCCCACCGCCCUACCAACCCUUACCCUAUUCUCAGUCUGCUGACCCGUACUCCCACCUGGGCGACCCGUUUUCCAUCAACCCCCUGCACCAGCCUGCGCCGGCGGCCAGUCAGCAACAGGCCUGGUCCAGCCGGCAAAACCAGGAGCCAGCUGGCUUGAGUCACCACACGAGGCCUGGCCUUGUCCCCCACCUCUCCGGGCUGGACGCCGGUGGCCCAGGGACAAGGAGGGAGACCUACAGACGUUCUGAGCUGCUCCUGCAGCCCCACAGCCACGGGCUAGAUGCAGCACUGGUGGAAAACCUGGGCUUACACGACAUGGCCCAUCAAAUGGAAGAUGUCCAGAAUGUGGAAGACCAACAUUUGCUGUUGCAUGAUCAGACAGUCAUCAGGAAAGGUCCUAUUUCAAUGACCAAAAGCAACUCCUUGGGUCUCCCCUGUCAGAAGGAUGGGAUGUUAGGAGCAGUGGUUAAUCAUAAUGAAGUAUUUUGUUCUGUACCUGGAAGACUUUCUCUCCUCAGCUCCACAUCCAAAUAUAAAGUGACUGUAGCUGAGGUCCAGCGAAGACUUUCCUCUCCUGAAUGCUUAAAUGCCUCCCUAUUGGGUGGUGUGUUGAGAAGAGCCAAAUCCAAGAAUGGGGGCCGAUCUUUACGAGAAAAGCUGGAUAAAAUCGGUUUAAAUCUUCCAGCUGGAAGAAGAAAAGCUGCUAAUGUGACAUUAUUAACUUCCUUGGUAGAAGGUGAAGCUGUGCAUCUGGCCCGAGAUUUCGGUUAUGUCUGUGAAACUGAGUUUCCUUCUAAAGCAGUAGCUGACUAUUUAACCAGACCACAUUUAGGACGGAAUGAAAUUGGUACCAGAAAGAACAUGCUGCUUGCUGCUAAACAAAUCUGUAAGGAAUUCACAGAUCUUCUCACUCAGGACCGGACUCCUCUUGGAAAUGCUAGACCCAGCCCAGUUCUGGAUCCUGCCAUUCAAGGUCUUGUCCCAACAUUCCAGAUCUCUUCCAGUGAAUCAACUACUUCUAUCUGAAAUCUAUAAGCCAGCCUCACUGGCAGGUCAGCUUUCCAUGUGACAUUUCCAGUGAUUCAGCAGAACCGGAACCUUUCCUUAUUUUGCCAAUCCAAGCUUUCAUUAUGCCCACACUCCACAAAGCAUAUAAAGAAACUUGUGAGCUUUUGUCCGCAAGUAACAUGGAACAUGAUCUUCUGCAGAAACAACUUGACCUUGUGAUUUUUUUUUUUUAUUUGUUACGUUAGAGACCAUGUUUUCAUGGAGUGCUCAAUUAUUUUUUGGCAACAUCAUAAGCACUGCUAUUUUCCUGCUUGUAAUGGAUAACAUCUUGAUCAGCGGAGAUGGAUGGGGAGAGUGGAAAUUGAGGACAGUCAAAACACAUAAUGUUAGUCCGUGGACAGGUUUCUAUGAUAGAAUUGUUGAGAACGUUCAAAUUUUAGCCCAGUAUACAAAUCUGAAUGCUUUCGUGACAGUCUCUGAUGUUUAAUGUGACCUGUUUCCUAGGUGAGAAUAUACAAAUCCCACUGUUCCUUCCAUAGGGGAGUUUCGUAAAGAUGCCAUUUCACCUAGGCUAAAGCUAAAGGUAGCAAGUCAGCUUUGAGAACUUACCUGGUGAGUGAGUGUACCUUUUUCAGAUGUGUUACCACAGUGCCUUUUCCCCAAAAUUGUGUAGAUGAGAGACUCCCAAAUCCUCACGGUACCAAACACAGGCCAAAGAUCUAACACUGCCGGUAUCUUUGAAGCUUUUCAGCCUGAGAACACCAGGGAUGAUAAUCAAAUUGGUGGUUCUUGUGAAUUUGUGAACUAGAGAGGAGGAUUGCAUUUUAAUCUCAAACACUGUAGACUUUUUUAGCCAACAGGAAGCUGCUAGGAGGCACAUUUCCUUGGGGCCUCAGCUUCUCCAAGGCCAUACUUCUCUCCUGCAUGAUGUAUCCUCCAAAACACAGCCUGACAUCUCAAUAGGAGUUCCUGAAGUCAAUUCCACAGUUUUGCUAUUGUGGGACUCAUUUGACCCUAGGUCUCUUCCAAGACCAUCAAAAUUUUUGGAGCCUUUAAGUGACUUUCCUGGGGUCAGUCAGUUGAUCAAUAAACAUUUAUUAAGCACCUAUUAUG